CUGGGGGCGGGUCCUGCGGCACCGCCCGGGAAGCUGCGCGAGGCUCGACAGCCUCCGCCACAUCCUCCUCCUCUCUUGGUCCAGCGAGCGUUGCCGGGCCAGGGUCAAGCGGAGGGCUCCGACGGCGCGGACGGAGCGAAGCGCCGAGCCAUGGCGCACCAGACGGGCAUCCACGCCACAGAAGAGCUGAAGGAAUUCUUUGCCAAGGCACGGGCUGGCUCUGUGCGGCUCAUCAAAGUUGUGAUUGAGGACGAGCAGCUCGUGCUGGGUGCCUCACAGGAGCCGGUGGGCCGCUGGGACCAGGACUAUGACAGGGCCGUGCUGCCACUGCUGGACGCCCAGCAGCCCUGCUACCUGCUGUACCGCCUCGACUCACAGAAUGCUCAGGGCUUCGAAUGGCUCUUCCUCGCCUGGUCGCCUGAUAACUCCCCCGUGCGGCUGAAGAUGCUGUACGCGGCCACACGGGCCACAGUGAAAAAGGAGUUUGGAGGUGGCCACAUCAAGGAUGAGCUCUUCGGGACUGUGAAGGAUGACCUCUCUUUUGCUGGGUACCAGAAACACCUGUCAUCCUGUGCAGCACCUGCCCCGCUGACCUCGGCCGAGAGAGAGCUCCAGCAGAUCCGCAUUAACGAGGUGAAGACAGAGAUCAGUGUGGAAAGCAAGCACCAGACCCUGCAGGGCCUCGCCUUCCCCCUGCAGCCUGAGGCCCAGCGGGCACUCCAGCAGCUCAAGCAGAAGAUGGUCAACUACAUCCAGAUGAAGCUGGACCUAGAGCGGGAAACCAUUGAGCUGGUGCACACAGAGUCCACGGAUGUGGCCCAGCUGCCCUCCCGGGUGCCCCGAGAUGCUGCCCGCUACCACUUCUUCCUCUACAAGCACACUCAUGAGGGCGACCUCCUUGAGUCUGUAGUGUUCAUCUACUCCAUGCCGGGGUACAAGUGCAGCAUCAAGGAGCGCAUGCUCUACUCCAGCUGCAAGAGCCGCCUCCUCGACUCCGUGGAGCAGGACUUCCAUCUGGAGAUCGCCAAGAAAGGUUUCUGCCGCAGCUCCCUGCACCCUCUGUCUCUCCUGGUGCAGGCCAUUGUGCUGGCCAUGACCCUGGCCCUGGGUACCUUGCCUGCCUUCCUACCCUGUGAGCUCCAGCCCCAUGGCCUGGUGAACUGCAACUGGCUGUUCCUGAAGUCUGUGCCCCACUUCUCCACGGCAGCACCCCGUGGCAACGUCACCAGCCUUUCCUUGUCCUCCAACCGCAUCCACCACCUCCAUGAUUCUGACUUUGCCCACCUGCCCAGCCUGCGGCGUCUCAACCUCAAGUGGAACUGCCCGCCGGUUGGCCUCAGCCCCAUGCACUUCCCCUGCCACAUGACCAUCGAGCCCAGCACCUUCUUGGCUGUGCCCACUCUGGAAGAGCUAAACCUGAGCUACAACAACAUCAUGACUGUGCCUGCGCUGCCCAAAUCCCUCAUAUCCCUGUCCCUCAGCCAUACCAACAUCCUGAUGCUAGACUCUGCCAGCCUCGCCGGCCUGCAUGCCCUGCGCUUCCUAUUCAUGGAUGGCAACUGUUAUUACAAGAACCCCUGCAGUCAGGCACUGGAGGUGGCCCCGGGUGCCCUCCUUGGCCUGGGCAACCUCACCCACCUGUCACUCAAGUACAACAACCUCACUGUGGUGCCCCGCAACCUGCCUUCCAGCCUGGAGUAUCUGCUGUUGUCCUACAACCGUAUCGUCAAACUGGCACCUGAGGACCUGGCCAAUCUGACCGCUCUGCGUGUGCUCGAUGUGGGCGGAAAUUGCCGCCGCUGCGACCACGCUCCCAACCCCUGCAUGGAGUGCCCUCGUCACUUCCCCCAGCUACAUCCCGAUACCUUCAGCCACCUGAGCCGUCUUGAAGGCCUGGUGCUGAAGGACAGUUCUCUCUCCUGGCUGAAUGCCAGUUGGUUCCGUGGGCUGGGAAACCUCCGAGUGCUGGACCUGAGUGAGAACUUCCUCUACAAAUGCAUCACCAAAACCAAGGCCUUCCAGGGCCUAACACAGCUGCGCAAGCUUAACCUGUCCUUCAAUUACCAAAAGAGGGUAUCCUUUGCCCACCUGUCUCUGGCCCCUUCCUUCGGGAGCCUGGUUGCACUGAAGGAGCUGGACAUGCACGGCAUCUUCUUCCGCUCACUCGAUGAGACCACGCUCCGGCCGCUGGCCCGCCUGCCCAUGCUCCAGACUCUGCGUCUGCAGAUGAACUUCAUCAACCAGGCCCAGCUCGGCAUCUUCAGGGCCUUCCCUGGCCUGCGCUAUGUGGACCUGUCGGACAACCGCAUCAGCGGAGCUUCAGAGCUGACAGCCACCACGGGGGAGGCAGAUGGAAGGGAGAAGGUCUGGCUGCAGCCUGGGGACCUUGCUCCGGCCCCAGUGGACACUCCCAGCUCUGAAGACUUCAGGCCCAACUGCAGCACCCUCAACUUCACCUUGGAUCUGUCACGGAACAACCUGGUGACCGUGCAGCCAGAGAUGUUUGCCCAGCUCUCGCACCUGCAGUGCCUGCGCCUGAGCCACAACUGCAUCUCGCAGGCAGUCAAUGGCUCCCAGUUCCUGCCGCUGACUGAUCUGCAGGUGCUAGACCUGUCCCAUAAUAAGCUGGACCUGUACCACGAGCACUCAUUCACGGAGCUACCGCGACUGGAGGCCCUGGACCUCAGCUACAACAGCCAGCCCUUUGGCAUGCAGGGCGUGGGCCACAACUUCAGCUUCGUGGCUCACCUGCGCACCCUGCGCCACCUCAGCCUGGCCCACAACAACAUCCACAGUCAAGUGUCCCAGCAGCUCUGCAGCACGUCGCUGCGGGCCCUGGACUUCAGCGGCAAUGCGCUGGGCCAUAUGUGGGCCGAGGGAGACCUCUAUCUGCACUUCUUCCAAGGCCUGAGCGGCUUGAUCUGGCUGGACUUGUCCCAGAAUCGCCUGCACACCCUCCUGCCCCGCACCCUGUGCAACCUCCCCAAGAGCCUACAGGUGCUGCGUCUCCGUGACAAUUACCUGGCCUUCUUUAAGUGGUGGAGCCUCCGCUCCCUGCCCAAACUGGAAGUCCUCGACCUGGCGGGAAACCAGCUGAAGGCCCUGACCAAUGGCAGCCUGCCUGCUGGCACCCGGCUCUGGAGGCUGGACGUCAGCUGCAACAGCAUCAGCUUCGUGGCCCCUGGCUUCUUUUCCAAGGCCAAGGAGCUGCGAGAGCUCAACCUUAGCGCCAAUGCCCUCAAGACAGUGGACCACUCCUGGUUUGGGCCCCUGGCGAGUGCCCUUCAAAUACUAGAUGUAAGCGCCAACCCUCUGCACUGCGCCUGUGGGGCGGCCUUUAUGGACUUCCUGCUGGAGGUGCAGGCUGCCGUGCCUGGUCUGCCCAGCCGGGUGAAGUGUGGCAGUCCGGGCCAGCUCCAGGGCCUCAGCAUCUUUGCACAGGACCUGCGCCUCUGCCUGGAUGAGGCCCUCUCCUGGGACUGUUUCGCCCUCUCGCUGCUGGCUGUGGCUCUGGGCCUGGGUGUGCCCAUGCUGCAUCACCUCUGUGGCUGGGACCUCUGGUACUGCUUCCACCUGUGCCUGGCCUGGCUUCCCUGGCGGGGGCGGCAAACUGGGCGAGGUGAGGAUGCCCUGCCCUACGAUGCCUUCGUGGUCUUCGACAAAACGCAGAGCGCAGUGGCAGACUGGGUGUACAACGAGCUUCGGGGGCAGCUGGAGGAGCGCCGUGGGCGCUGGGCACUCCGCCUGUGCCUGGAGGAGCGUGACUGGCUGCCUGGCAAGACCCUCUUUGAGAACCUGUGGGCCUCGGUCUAUGGCAGCCGCAAGACGCUGUUUGUCCUGGCCCACACGGACCGGGUCAGUGGUCUCUUGCGCGCCAGCUUCCUGCUGGCCCAGCAGCGCCUGCUGGAGGACCGCAAGGACGUCGUGGUGCUGGUGAUCCUGAGCCCCGACGGCCGCCGCUCCCGCUACGUGCGGCUGCGCCAGCGCCUCUGCCGCCAGAGUGUCCUCCUCUGGCCCCACCAGCCCAGUGGUCAGCGCAGCUUCUGGGCCCAGCUGGGCAUGGCCCUGACCAGGGACAACCACCACUUCUAUAACCGGAACUUCUGCCAGGGACCCACGGCUGAAUAGCCCUGAGCCGAAAUC